UGCAAAAGUUGAAUAAGCAACAAAAAGAGUGGGAUGAGAAAGAAGAGAAAGCUGGUGAGGAACUGCUUGCACUUCACCAGGAGUUUGCUCGCUUGCAGACUCAAAUGGCGGAGGCUGCUAGUCGCUUGAGUCGUAUUCGUACGACGAGGAAGUUGGUGAGAGAGCGUCAGGCCGAGGCCUUUGAGCGGGGGAUGCAGGAGAUCGACGAGGAGGAUGGUGUACUUCCAGCGUUGGACGCUCACGAGAAGUGGGUAGUGAACGACCUUCAAGCCGCUGGGGUACCAAGCGAUCCAGCGUGGCAAGAGUUUGGCUUAGGUCUGGACUUUGUCGAUCUGGGUCCUUUAGUGCCUGAUGCUGGUGGUGCUUCGGUGUCGUCUUAG